UUAUGAAAAUUGUUUGUUAAAACUUUUAUCAGUCAUUAAGCGUUCACAAUCUCUUAUAAUAUCGUCGUCAACUGUUGACAAGUUAAAAAAAAGUUUCCGGAUUGAUCAGCCUUGAUGACUUUAAGGAAAUGCAAGAAGAAAAUGAAGAAGUUUCCGAAUCAAAACUCACGUCUACGAUUAGUUCAGAUAGCAAUUCGCUGUCAGUUUUAUCACCAAAGAACUUCGAUGGAUUCAUUUACUACUACGACGCUGAAAGUAGCGUCCUUCGUUGGCAGUCAUUCAAUGAAACUGCAAAUAAUCAAGGGGAUUUUACGCCACUCCAUGAAACAUGAAAAUCUACCCAGUCAAAAUCCAAGUAAUCGACUUAAUCUAACAAAAACUGGCAAAGUUUGGUGGUACUCAAGCAAGGCAACAUUUUUCAAAAAGAGGACAGUAUGGAUUUGGUUAAAAAAAUAUUAUGAUGCAAAAAGAAAAAUGCUGGAUAAGUCGGCUAUCUCGCUUUGGGAUGCUGAUAUGGAAGAACUACAGAGUCUUUAUACAUCAUACAAAUACAAGACAGAUUUAUUUACUGCCUGCAAAAAGUCUCUUAGCUGUAGUAGAACAUUUCCCUGGAAUCUUGUCACAACAAAAAAAGGAUCGAUCUUUUGUUGUUGCUUAACAGUAGCCGGACAAGCUUUGUAGCGUAAAGGCAGCGCCUUCUAUGUUGUUGAAGGCAGCUUUAAAAUCGAUAUGAAGGUGAUUUGUAUCGAUUGUUUUUCUUGGACCUUUUUCCAUGAUUUGGCGCAUGAUGAAUGUCUGAUCAAUAGUGGACUUACGAGCUAAUGCAUGUUAUCAAUAUAUAUUGGAAUCAGCCGAAAUGGAGGCCCAAAAAAUUUUAAAUUUAAUGCAUCAGCUUU